AAGUAUAAACAUGCCUAAAAAAAUGCCAUACAUUCCAAGUGAAGUUAUCUUUGAAAUUCUCCUAAGAUUGCCUGUAAAAUCCCUUUUAAAAUUCAGGUCUGUUUCAAAAUCCUGGCUUUCUUUAAUAUCAUCUCCUCAAUUCAUCAAUAUUCAUCUCAACUUUUCAAGAAAAGAUUUCCCCCACAAACUCCUAAUAUUAGACCGUGACCAAAUUUUAUCUAAGAAAAAAUGUGCCCUCUACUAUUCCCCUGUUUCUAAAAAAAACUCUGCCGUCUGUGUUGAUCUUGAUUAUCCUGUAAAAUCCCCUGGUUGUAAUAUUCCUCAGUUUAUUGGUUCUUGUGAUGGUUUGGUUUGUUUAUUAGUCGAAAAUUCGCUUAUUUUGUGGAAUCCCUCUACUAGAAAAUGGAAAGAGAUUCCAAAAGAAAAAACUCAUCAGAUGAGUCAAGAUUAUUAUUGUACUUAUGGGUUUGGUUAUGACAAGUACAAUGAUGAUUAUAAGUUGGUUUUAUUAUAUAGUUCUAAAAUCAAGAAUAGUGGAAGUGAAGUGAAGGUUUAUAGUUUGAGGACUAAUUCUUGGAAAAAGAUUAAGGGGUUUGUUAGUGGUUAUAUUUAUGGUAAUUCUGGUGUUUUGUUGAAUGGUAUUGUUCAUUGGGAUACUCGUCCACAUCAUGAUUUUAAUGGUUGUUAUAACUAUAUUGUAUCGUUCGAUUUGGAAACAGAGAAACAGGGGAAGAUAGAGUUACCUAGCUAUGAAAAUGAAGAUGUUCAUUGGGAUUUAAUGUCUUCAAGAGAUUCUUUAUUUGGAUUUUGCCAUUGUGAAUCUCAAGGAGAAGUAGAUAUAUGGGUAAUGAAGGAAUAUGGAGUUAAAGAAUCUUGGACUAAAUUCGCUUCGGUUGCCUACUAUGUAAUUCCGGGAAUCUUUUAUUUACCCCUGUAUAUAAAUGAGGAUGGUGAGGUACUACUUAUAAACGGGCAAAGUUUGGUGCUUUUUAAUACGAGAAAUAACACGUACAAGGAUCUUCAGGUUCAUGUACCCGAUACUCAACUUAGAAUUGAUAUGGCUUCCUAUAACGAGACCCUUGUUUCACCGGUUUUUAAUGAUGAAGAUGGAUGCAAACUCUGGUAAGGAAAGGAAACAUUUAUUGUAAAAGUAAAAUCUGGACAUGGUUUCGAAAUCUCUCCUCUUUGUUGUAUGGAGAAGAUUAUAUGAGCUUUUGCAAGAUCUCUUUGUCUGUUUCGUUUUAACUUUACCUAUCAGAAAAUGUAUUUUUUUUGUUGUUGUGUAAGUUUGUACUUGUUAUAUGAAUAUCAAUUCCAAAUGCAAUAAAAUGUUUGGGAUGUCACGUUCGAUCUAGA